GGUCAACUCAAAGGCCGACAACGACGAAAGCAGUCCCGGACUGAGUCACAUGUCACCCUUUGUUGCUUCCACUUUGCAAACACGACGAAUAUUCUACGCUGUUUCGAGAAGGGAAAACCGGGGCUCCUUUUGGAUGUAGGCAUACGCGUACAGCCGCCCGCGUGGCCGUGGCCCGUUCCUGUCGAGUUUUUAUUAGAUCAUUGGUGUACGAAGGACGAAGUACGAGAGGGCUCUUUGACUUUGCCUCAAGUACAGUACCACUCAACAGAAUCAGAGCAAGGCGGAUCCCCGGCAUCAUCGGCACCAAGGCAGCGGUCUCAACCAUGAUGCGAACUGGCACGCCAGUCCACAGCCGGUCGGCGUCGCCGGUUGUCAUGUCGGUACCGCUGUCGCGGAAGCCCUUGCCCCGGAACCCUCCAGCCAGGCCGCCGCCGCCGCCGAGCAUCCCCCUCAUGGAGCGACGUAUCGGGACCGACGUGAGCAGGCCAACUCUCGAGCCGCUCAUGGAGAGGGAGGCGAACAUGUUCAUCGCAGCACCUCGCAUGCCUCAGCCCGGGGAUACAACAGGGCUGGCCAGGCAGACGCCGCCCCAGGCACAUAAGUCUUCAGCGUUACCGAAAGAUCAAAUACGCGCGCAAGCCAUUGUGCUGGCCGAGGUCAGGACGAAUGUCAUGGUCACAAACGAGUAUACCUUCAUCACAGAGCUCUCCACGCACUUGUCAAUACGAUACGGCCGGCCGGUUACCUCGAUUGUCGUGACGCUGCAGCACAGCAUUUGCAUGCUAUUCGGGGGCUCCUUUGAGCCGGCGUACACGGUGACCGUGAGCGCGCUGCCGGGCCAGAUGCAGAUGACAUCGAACAAGCGCAACGUUGCGCUCCUCCAAGCACACCUGUUUCAAGCGCUGCGCGUGCCUCCCAAGCGCGGAUUUGUGCGCUUCGCUCCGGUGACAGACGAGUGCUCUGGCUGGGGCGGCAAGACGGUGGCGGGCCAGAUUGGCGAGGUCAUGGGCACGGCGGUCAAGGCCCCAGCAACAAGAGACCCUGGAAACGAAGCAGGAAGAGGCGCUUUCAAGUUGCGUGGAAAGACUUCCCGGCCUGCCGAUUCGGCAGCUGCGUCGAGAUCGGGCACGCCCGUGCCGCCAGGGGGUCGUCAAGGUGUCCCGAAGGAGUCGUCCAGUGGCCCUGCAAGCAAGCCCGCGGAGCCGACCGGGACGACGGCGGCGACUAAAGAGAAGGCGGAGGAGAAGAGGAGCUUCGUCGAUAAGGUAUUCCGCCGAAACCGCAAGUAAUACUCGUCGUGAGGCG